UGCAACGCGUUUCGGUAUUUUUGACCCUAAUGGAGUCCGUCUGUGUAGCUUUUACCCCGGAAGAAGAUUCUUUUUUCUUCUGACACGUAGUAACUGAGCUGGCAGUGUUGGUGAUUAAACUAUACAGCAAAGUGAGAGAUGUCGGGGUUUGACAACUUGAACACAGACUUUUAUCAGUCCAGUUACAGUGUGGAAGACCAAGGGCAAGGGCAGAGUGGCUACGGUUACAGCAACACUGAAAACCCCUACAACAAGCAGUAUGGUCAGUACGACUACUCUCAACCCAUGGGCUACUCUUCCCCAGGGAUGAUGCAGCCUCAGCAGCCAUAUACAGGCCAAAUCUUUCAGCCUACACAGACCUACACCCCAUCAAUGCCACAAACCAUGUAUACAAACAGCUUUGACGAUGAGCCACCACUACUUGAAGAGUUGGGGAUCAACUUUGACCACAUCUGGCAGAAGACUUUGACAGUGCUUCAUCCAAUGAAGGCAGCAGACGGCAGCAUCAUGAAUGAAACGGAUCUGGCUGGUCCUAUGGUGUUUUGUUUGGCUUUUGGAGCCACACUCCUCCUGUCAGGAAAGAUCCAGUUUGGUUACGUGUACGGAAUCAGUGCCAUCGGCUGCCUCGGCAUGUACUGCCUACUCAAUCUGAUGAGUAUGAUGGGCGUGUCCUUCGGCUGUGUGGCCAGUGUACUGGGAUAUUGUCUCCUUCCCAUGAUCCUUCUCUCCAGUUUUGGAGUUGUCUUUUCUUUACAGGGUAUGAUGGGAAUUAUCCUCACGGCAGCAGUCAUUGGCUGGUGCAGUUUCUCGGCAUCAAAGAUUUUUAUCUCUGCACUUGCUAUGGAUGGGCAGCAGCUACUGGUUGCUUACCCCUGUGCUCUCUUAUAUGGAGUGUUUGCACUCAUCUCUGUUUUCUAAAAAAAAAAAAAAAAAAAACUGCAUCAUGAUGUAAAAUUACUGCUCCCGUCUUUCUGUAAUUAGUAUUCUCUUACACAGUUAUUACAGGAAAUGGCAGCUGCUAUUUAAGAUGCAUCAAACACUUUUGUUUUUCUUUGUAAACCCGCUUACCUGAUGGUUAUCUGACUUGGACCUUAUUGUUUAUGAACAAGCUCCAUCUUCUCAGUCAUGUCUCCAGAUCGUCCCUCAGAGGACAUGUUAAAGGAGGACAGAAAGUAAUGCUGAAAAAGUAACUCCUGUGGACUGUGUUGGAACUUUAAUGGGUCCAACAGGUUAAGACAGUCAAGGCAAAGAAAGUGAGCAAGUUUGAUGGAUGCUGAGACGGCUUUAAAUUUGUGCACAGAUGGGAAGGUUUUUUUUUUUUUCUCUUCCAUAAAUGCAAGGAAUGUUGGUAGCAAAAGCAGCAGUCUAGUUUGUAGCCACCAAACAUGGUUCUACAAAACUGAGGGAACAUUUCUCCUGGCUCCCAUUGUUUGUAUUGUUCCAUCUAAGAUAAAAGAAAGGGGAGAGUGGGAGGAAAAGAGCCGCCGCCGCCUCCUCUCGACCUCGUUUUUUUGUUUAUGUCGGAAGGAGGCACGUGAGGAUCAUUGUCUGCUUUAUUUUCUUCCUUUAUAUUUUUGAGCUUAAUUUAAGGUUUGAAAUUGCAGGAAGAUAAAUUAGUUUACACAAAAGCAAUAUUCGAAUUCUGAAAACCAAACGAAUUUGAUUAGAUGAGAAUUCAUAUUUUCAGUGAUACUGUGUUUCUCCGUAGGUACAAACGUGUCACUGUAUUUUGUAUCUGCUGAGUUUGCCUGUUUUAAAGUUGACUCACAUUAAAGUUGUCUUUCAUGGGUA